AGGAGCUGUUGCUAUGGGGAGAGGGGGAGACAUUUUGAGGUGUGUGGCCGCGGCCCCUGCUCCUGUCCCCGCCCCUGUAUUGGCCUGAGUCCAGGCCUGUGCGGGCUCCUGUUCCCUGUCCGCUCACUGCUCCCCGGAAGGUGUGGGGCGCGGGAGAGCCGGGCGAGCUGCCCCCGACCCACCUUCGGCAGCACGAGGAUGUGGAGGGGAAGGGCCCCCGCCUUCUCUCCUUUGGGGGCUGCUUCUCCUCCCUGGUGAGCCCAGCGCCGCAGCGCGUUUGGGGGUGCGCGGAGCGGGGGGGGUCUCCUAAGCAUGAGUGCAGGGGCUGAGUGUGAACCCCCCAGGAAGAGAGUCAGGUUGGACCCCCCCGCCUCUCCCAGCGGCAGCCGCGGGUCGGAGGAAGAGCAGCCCCCUUCCUUGGACAGAAAAGGGACACGGCAGCCUCCGUCUCCUCUUCCCCCUCCCCCCUGGGAACGAGGGCCCAGAAGCAGCGGUAGUAGCCAAAGCUUGGCAGCCACGGUGGGAAACAAAGUUUACAAACAAAGGACAAUUACCACUUGGAUGGAGAAUAAAGGACCCAAGACAACAGAGUUAAAGAGUUUGCAGAGCAAAACUAAUAACACAGGAGCAGAUCCCAAGAUGACUUCUGUUAAAAAGGAUAACUUGUGUGAGCAUGAUGUUAAAAAGCUGGAGAGUACUUGUCCACAAAGCUAUCCAAGAAAAUCCGUGGAAACAAGUACAAAACAUGUAAAUCUGCCUCAGACUGGAAACCCGUGUAAAUGGGAGGCAGAGGGGCCAUGCAGAGAUCAGCCAUCAGACACAGAGCCUGUUAAAGGGACCUGGUCUGGAGAUCAGUUUAAAAAUGCCAAUAUUGAUCAAAUGCACAAAACUGGCAAGCAAGUUCACAGAGGUAGUGAAGAAAAUAGUGACAAUUGGACUCACAGGAAAUUAUCAGGCAGGUCUGUGAAGAUGGCAAAUAGAAAACAUCCAUCAAAAGACAGUGAGACAGAAGGAAAAGUGACUUCAUGUAAUCCACAGCAGCUAAAGACCUGCAAUCCUGUCCAUGUAGUCUAUGUGACUAGUGAGCAAGAUGAGGUGGAUGUAGUUCCAGAAAGCCCACUUUCAGAUGUUUGCAGUGAUACCUGUGUAUCUGAUAUUGGAGAUGCAGGAAAACUGAACAAAUAUCAAAGUAAUUCAGGAGAUUCACAUGCUUUUGAGAAAGAAAGUGAACCUGAGUCACCAAUGGAUGUAGAUAAUUCUAAGAAUAGCUGCCAGGGUUCAGAAGCUGAUGAAGAAACAAGUCCAUUUCUUGAUGAGCAAGAAGAUGUUGACACAUCAAAAGCUGAAGGCAAAUCUUCCAGGUUUCAGCGAGGGAAUGCUGACCUGGAGUUGAGAAAGUCACCGUUUUCUUCCAAAUGUUGUGAAGAAUGCAAAGGUGCAAAACACUGUGGGAAGAAGGACUCGAAAAUCACUGCCCAUUUCAUGAGGAUACCCAGGAAAGAGGAGAAAAGAAAAGAACCUUGUGAAUUCAAACACCAAAGGCUGGGAAGGAAGAUUCCUAUAUAUAUCCCACCUUCACUUCCCACUAAUAAGAAAUGGUUUGGGACACCUAUUGAAGAGAUGAGGAGAAUGCCUGUGUGCGGGGCUCAUCUUCCUCAUUUGAGACCAUCAACCAAUCACACAGUGACCAUCAGAGUAGAUCUAUUGAGGGAAGAAGAGGUGCCCAAACCUUUUCCAACUCAUUAUAAAGAUUUGUGGGAUAAUAAACAUGUUAAAAUGCCUUGUUCAGAACAAAACUUGUACCCUGUAGAGGAUGAGAAUGGCGAUAGGACUGCUGGAAGCCGAUGGGAGCUUAUCCAGACUGCACUACUUAACAAGUUCACCAGCUCACAUGAUUUGAAGGAGGCUAUAUUGAGAUAUAAUGUUGCUUAUGCCAAGAAGUGGGACUUUACUGCUCUUACUGACUUCUGUGAUAAGGUGCUCGAAGAUGCAGAGUCUCAGCAUUUGUUCCAAUCCAUCUUGCCUGAUAUGGUGAAGCUAGCACUUUGUCUCCCUAGUAUCUGCACUCAGCCAAUACCUUUACUGAAACAAAAGAUGAAUCACUCCAUCACAAUGUCACAGGAGCAGAUCGCUAGUUUUCUAGCUAAUGCUUUUUUCUGCACUUUUCCACGACGCAAUGCCAAGAUGAAGUCUGAGUAUUCUAGUUAUCCAGACAUUAACUUCAACAGAUUGUUUGAAGGGCGGUCGCCAAGGAAGCCUGAGAAGCUUAAAACCCUUUUCUGCUACUUUAGAAGAGUCACAGAAAAAAAACCAACUGGAUUAGUGACGUUUACAAGACAAAGUUUUCAAGACCUUCCAGACUGGGAAAGAUCUCAUAAAAAACUGACUAGAUUGUAUGUCACAUAUGAGGGCACUAUAGAAAGCAAUGGACGUGGUAUGCUACAGGUUGAUUUUGCAAAUCGUUUCGUUGGAGGUGGUGUCACUGGUGCAGGACUGGUACAAGAAGAAAUUCGUUUUUUAAUCAAUCCAGAGCUGAUAGUAUCUCGGCUCAUCACUGAAGUCCUGGACCACAAUGAAUGUCUUAUAAUCACAGGUACUGAGCAAUACAGUGAAUAUACAGGCUAUGCAGAAACAUACCGAUGGGCGAGAAGCCAUGAAGAUGAUACCCCAAGGGAUGAAUGGCAGAGGCGCUGCACUGAAAUUGUUGCUAUUGAUGCAUUUCACUUCAGACGUUUCCUUGAUCAGUUUGUUCCUGAGAAAAUUAGAAGAGAACUCAACAAGGCAUACUGUGGCUUCGCUCGACCAGCUCUUCCCCCUCAGCAUCUUUCAGCAGUAGCCACAGGAAACUGGGGAUGUGGUGCCUUCGGUGGUGAUUCCAGAUUGAAAGCCUUAAUACAAAUCCUUGCAGCUGCGGAGGCUGGGCGAGAUGUGGUUUAUUUUACCUUUGGAGAUGCUGAGCUGAUGAGGGAUAUUUACAACAUGCACACCUUUCUCACUGAGAAGGGCCAAACUGUUGGGGAUGUUUACAAGCUGUUGCUCAGAUAUUAUAAUGAAGAAUGCAGAAGCUGUUCUACUCCAGGACCAGAUAUGAAGCUUUACCCUUUCAUAUAUAAUACCCUUGAAUCCUAUGCAGAUUCCACCGAUGAAGAUGAGAAAGGAUUGGGCUUUGAUGACUAAAAUAAAAAUUUAUGAGGAGGAUUUUUUUCCUCCUCUUCUAAUAUAUUGUUUAAUUGCUGGGUGUAAUAUAUGGACUGGCUUAACUUAAUAUCAAUGUAUAUAAUACUGCAUUUGUAAUCCUAUAAACUCUCCUAACCUAAAACCAAACUUUCAGAGGUGAGAUUUUCUGUUUAUACAAUGUAAACCCCAUCCAUCCACACAUAUAAAGGGUUUGUUUUGUAAAUCCUAUUUGCAUGUCGUCCUGUUCAUCGGCAGAUUUUGGUCUAUAUUUGUUACCCUUUGGAAUCAACAAAUACCAAUUUAUGUGAAAACUCUCUCUUUAAGAGAACCUAUAAAAUAUACAAAUUUCCAACAUAAAGUGAUUACUACUAAACCCACAGCCAUGUAACUCAUGGGUAUGAUGUUAGGAAAGCCUGUAAUUAUCCAUUUUAUUGGAAAUUCUAACAGUUCCAGUCCAUCCCUGGAACUGCCAUGGUACUUUUGCCUUUAAUUUUCACUUAUUAAUUUCUACAGCUUUAAAACUUCACAAUUUUAAAUAUGUUUUAAAUAAAAAGUAAAAGUUUAAAAACUGCAAGGAUUAUGGGGAAGCAAAAAUUAAAGCAGCACCCACAGCUACUCUUCUGGUGUUGGCACUCUGAGGAGAGAAGGACAACAGGAAGUUAGACUGGGAAAGGGAAAAGAGGGGCUGAGUUAUAAGAAAAAAAGAGAGAACAUUAAAACUAGAGGAAGCAGAGGGAAAAAAUUCACAUUGUUUACUUACAUUCUUAAAAAUUUGUAGUAGGUCCCAAGUAUUAUAUAAAGUGGUGAACAAGUUCUUGAACAUUAUGAUGUAUCUAAAAUUACUCAGUUUGCUGCAGUGAUUUGUAAUAUUGCUGGAAUUCAGCUAUUUGUUAGAUUUACAACAGCAUAUCAAUGAUCCCCUACCUAGAAUAUAUACAGAUAUACGCAUGUACAUGUGUAUAAAUGUGCACACAAUAGAAAUGAAACGAGGAUAUGAUAAUUACUUAGGCAUCAGUGGGCAAGAAAUCUUUCCAUCCUACAAAAAAGAAAACAUUAAACCAACAACUGUUGGUGGAAGCUGUGUAUGUGUGCGCCAUUUGAAGUAUGGAAGAGAUAACAGUGGAGGUAUGUCACAUGAAGUAGUGUAGAUAUUGUGCUAUUACCAUCUCCAUGAAUCCAAAAUGAAUGCUGCUGCUGUACAUUAAAAAAAGUAUGAAUGAGUUCCAAGGCUUCAGGAACAUAACUGUAGCAUAACAUCCCAGGAAUGUAUGCUGGCCAAACUCUAUUGAUUUCAGUGAAAGUUUUGCCUCUGGUAAGCAGUCUGCAAUUUAGUCCCAAGGUGGAAAGUAUGGCCUUCUCUCCCUUAGGCUUUUUUUGUCCAAUCUCAUUAUUGCUGCUGCUGCUACCAGUUAAGCUCCACAGGUGGUAGUAAUACUGAAAGCUGUAGAGUAGAUAAAGCACUGUUGGCCACGGACAUAUUCAGCAUGAUGUCUGGUAGAUCUCUGAGUGGGCUUAAACAACAUGGUGCUUAAAUACUAGUGCGCCUACAUUAAUGUUCCUGCUGAUGCUCCUACAGUUGGAGAUGAACUAGUGGGGAAUUUGGGACUUGAAAAAAGAUUAGUGCAGACGCUCUGUAAAAACAUCUUCACAGUUAUGCUAAUGGUUCAAUUAGGAAAGAUCACCAUUCCUUGUAAUUUAAUACAUUAUGGCACAGGUGAUUUAACCCUACCAUUCCCAACUGUUGUACUUUUGGUCCAUCCAAAUCCAUUGAAGAGCAAAUUGAAAAAGAACUCUUGAUAAAGAGACUUGGAAUAGCAUUUCAGAAUCUUUCCUUUGUUUAUACCUGUGGCUUUAGAGCUAAAGGAAAUGUGUCUGUUCCAGGAAUUGCUCAGAUUCUGACUAUAAGAGGUUAAUGCUCAUAGUGAACUCUCAUUCCAGGCAUUUUGUUCUAAGGAUCAUGUUUUAGGAUUUGACUCCAGUGCACUGCUGAUAAUAAACACAACCUGAUCAUACCUGUGUACAGAAAAUUGAAGUUAAAUGUCAAAUCCUGCUCAGCUUACUACUUAUAGCAAAGAUGAACAGGAUUUGGCCUAAACAACUGGAAGAAAAUACAUCAGCAAGUCCUGUAGUUGGGCAUAACGUUCCCCUAUUUUAAAUAAGUCUUACUGAAAACAAGCAUUGUGUUAAUCUUUGGGGAAAAAAUCAGUUUUAUAGAUCAAACUCUACCAAAUGAAUUUCUUGUCAUUACAAGAAAAUCUACUUCAGCCAUGAAAAUGGAGAAUAUUUGUAACUAUAAGAUGAUUUUCUCAAGUUCAUUUUCUGACUGUACCAUAGUGUAUUCAAUUCAAAGAGUAAGAUGUUGGUAGUAUCAAGAAUUUCCAGGACAAUCCAUGUGAUCACAUCUAUGAUGUUUUUUGUUUUGUUUUUUUCUUAAAAUCCUGGAGAAUUAAAUAAUGGUGGAGCAUAGAGAGCAAUUUAUUCAAGCUCAGUUCUUUAAUGUAUGUUCCUCCAUAUUUUUUUUUGAAAUUUAGUUAAUAAAUUGUCUUUUUUCACCUGUCCAUACAGAAUUCAUGUAAUUUAUAUAUAGUCACCUGAAAAAUUAGAAGUAAUAUCUCCUGUAUCUUUAUGUACUUGGUCUUUGAAGGAGGAAUACUGUGAGGGCACUUGCAAUGUAAUGUUGAGUGCAGCAUAAAGAUUAUAUUUACUUAUACAGACUUGAAGUAACAUAGCACACGGUUAAGAAGUUGUUAAAAACAUUAUAUUCCCAGGAUCUUUCUAAUCUGAGAGAAAAUUAAACUGUCCAGGAUGUUCCAUCAAAGCCAAAAGGAUAACUUUGGGUCUGUGUAAUAUUUGCUCUACAUCUUAAUUUCUUUCCUAUCCAGUCAGCAUCAUCCAUACUUUCUGGAGCAUACUAUCUAGCCAGACACGCUUCUGUUGCUGAAUUCAAAAUAUUGAGAAAUGGAGAGUGCUGAUGGACUAAUCUUGCAGUCAGGGAAGCUAGAAUUUUACUCUCCUAGAAACCUGUUUGUGGACUGCUCUAUUCUUUUCAUUCUAUAGGGGUGUUUGCUACAUAUGUUCAAAUAAACAGAAUUAUUAAACUUCCUACCCCAACAGUUGAUUUAUACUGUGUUUUAGCUGCAAAAUAGAAUGAUCAAUAUGUAACAAUGGUGGGCAGUCUAUUAGAUUGGAGUGUGGUCUUAUAAUCAGGUUAGGGGGACGGAGUGCCUCUGUUCACUUUACAGCUAUUACACCUAAAUUCCUUGGUUAGGAGGUGCUUUUGUCCAGUUUUGUGUACCAAUAGCUGAAUAUAUUAAUUUACGAAUUGCUGAAAUAUUCUUGACACAUUCUUAAACUUGCAGUUGAUGCAUCAUAUUUUGAUUUUUCUGGAUGCUAAUGUUUACAUGAUUUUUGUAGGAAUAAAAUAAAAAAAAAUCUGAUGAUCAGAA